CUCAUCAAUUAUCUAAAAAAUGUAAAUCAAAUAUUCUUCCAACGCUGUUGUGGAAGUUUCUAUUACCUAAAUAGUCAAUGGCAGGAUUAAAAAAAUAAUAAUUACUCCAGCAUUCAUCACAUUCGUGAAUUGGCGGAAGGAUUCCCAGCAGAAGGAACUGAGACGACGAAGCCGCUACAUCACAAUGACGCCCCAUUUCUUGGGAGGCAGCCCGUUGCCUCGUCGCCAUUCUCCCCUUGCUACACAGCAGGGAUGAGAGUCGCCACCUAUGAUCCUCUAACAGCAGUUAAGUAGCAGUGUGGUGGUGCGAAAGCAUCGCUUUGCUGCUGUGUUAGGAUGAAGAAACUAUUCAAGUUCCCAAAGAGGAAGACCUCAUCAAUUGAUGCAGUUGACAGUGCUUCCAUUGCCAGUGAUCUGAGAGAAAAUGAGAUGGGCAAGUUUCACAAGGCCGCCUGGCAGAAUGACAUGGCCAAGCUGGAGCAGCUCGUCAAAAUUGUUGAUGUCAAUCAGGUUGACAAGCAGAACAGAACGGCACUUCACGUCGCUUGUGCCCGUGGAAACGUCGAGGUGGUGAAAUUCCUUAUCGAGAAAAAUGCCCAGAUCAAUUUAUGUGACAAUCAAAAUAGGUCUGCUUUAAUGAAGGCAGUGCAAGAACAGCGUGAGCUCUGUGCCAACAUCCUGCUGGAAAACAAAGCUGACCCCAACCUGAUGGACUCAGAUGGAAACACAGUUUUACAUUUGGCCUCAAGCAUCCCGUUAAUCUCCACUGUCAUCUUGCUCGUGAAGCAUGAUGCUGACAUCAAUGCCAAAAAUCUGGAGGGCAUUUCACCCCUGACUGUGGCAGUCCAAGAGGACCACAUAGAAGUGGCAGAGUAUCUGUUGAAGAAGGGUGCCAAUGUUAAUAUUUUGGAUAGACAUCGAAGAUCACCGUUAAUGAUGGCUGCGGGCAACGGACACAUCGACAUGACGCGACUGCUCUUACAGUUUAAAGCCAAUGUUGAACUUACGGAUAGCAAAGGACAAUCAGCCACGGACUACGCCGAGAUGGAAUACCAUGAUCACUGUAGCCUCCUUAUUGCCGAGCACAGGAAGAAACAGGAGGCCUCCAUCCAGGUCCACUCAAGUCCUAGUAAAAACCAGUCCAAAUCAUUUGAACGCACCUCCAGCAAAGAUGCUGUAAGUGUUGACCGAGUGAGUUCCGCAAGUGCACGGAAAGAGGAUCCCACACAAAAAGAGUGUGACAUGAGCCAACUCUUCAAAAUCUUGACUCAACUGGGAAAGGAUAAAAAUGAAAAGUUUGACCUUGAAGAAAUUGGUUCAGACUGCGAUAAAACCAGCAACGCCAGUAAAAUAACUCUGCCUGAAGGCUCACUGGUCUCUCAGAUAUCCGAGGAAUUCCCUGAAUGCUCCACUUCAUCUAUGGAGGUGAGGGAGGUAGAGGUGCAUCCAAAAGGACCUAGAAGGAACAUCUCAGACGGGAUACACUUGAGCCCACAACCCAAACUUCAUUCAAAGAAGCCAUUUUUAGAGAGUGACAAAUCCGAUUAUGACCAGGACAUUAUGUUUGUAUCAUGCUAUGACGUCAAAACGGAGGACCGGCGUCGUAAAGGAGUGGUUGGGCCAGGCUCCCCUUGUGCCUCAAUAAUGUCAAGAGACAUCAGAAGUCAAUUGCAAUCUGACACGCCAGUAAGCAGAAAACAGAAGGCGAGAAAGACCGAGUGGUCUUUUCAGGCUGCCAAAGAUGCCGCUCAGAUUGUUUCUAUGAAAAAUCUAAGUACUACCAGUGACAUUGGUGGAAGAGGAUCAGACGGACAUGCAAGUGAGAAAACGGAGAGUUCAAUGAGCCGCAAAGAAAGUUCAUUGAGAAGCAAAGACAUGUCAACUCAACCUGAAACCCCUUUGCAUUCAAAGAAGCAGGCACCAUCUGCCGGCAGGCCACUUGGGGAAUCGCCAGUGUCACAUCAGCGGUUCUCCAUUGCAAACAAACCUGAUGAUCAGACUGUAGAGAAGAUCUCACAGCUGGCAGUGGUUAGCAAGACCCGCCCUGCCAAAGUCCUUCCAAGCAGCAGAGACCUCGCUGUGAAUGAUGACAGCACUUUAAGUGAUGUGUCGGACGAUGAAGGAAGGUGGCAAGCCAAACAAAAGCCGAAAAAACAGCGUAUUGACGAAAUGGAGAUCUCUGAAGAGCUUGAUGAGAUCACGUCCUCAUCAGACUUGACUCUGGAUGAAUGUGAGCUCCCCCCUCCAACCCAUCAAGGCACAAGCUUUAUCCCUGCGAACCUUUCACCUUCAGAACGUCCAUUUAAGAUGAAGCUGGAUGGCUUUAUGGGCCAACAAAAUAAGCUCCCUAUUCUGAAGCCAAAAGAACAUCACAGCUGUGCUGGAAAAAUGACCAAACUAAAAAAUGAAAAGGCAGAAUUAAAGAACAAAAUUGAGGAGGUUAAAGAUGAUCAAUGUGCCAUGGAGCAUAAACAAAUGCAAAUGGAAAGUGAAAUCACAAACCUCAGACUGUCGACAAAACAACAGCAAGAAGAUUGCCUUAAUACCAUCAGGAUGGCUCACAUCAACAAUGAGAAGCUUGAGGAGGAACUCCGACAAGCCCAUGUACAGUUGUCUCAGGAACGUUGCACAAAUGCACAGCUGCAACAAAAGCUAAAGAGUCAGGACUGCAAGCAACAUACCAUAGAAGAGGACUACAAAAGAAUCAAACAUAAUGAGGAACAUCUAAGAACAGAACUUGAGGUCACCCAGACGCACAGCAGCACCAAACAAAGAGACCUUGCGGAGGAGAAUGAAGCCCUCAAGGAACAGCUUGAAGAUAUUCGCCAAGAUCUCAGACUUACUAACGACAACCAGGCGCAAAGUGUUUUGGAAUGGAACAAUAUGAUUACGGGAUUAAAGUGUGAAGUGACACUCGCGAAUGCGCGACUGGAGGCUCAGUAUCAGGCUCAUAACGUAUUGGAAGCAGAGACUCAGGCCGUCCGCACCCGUCUGGCGGAGGCCGAGCAACUGCGGUCCGAGAUGGAGAAAACUCUGCUCCAAGAGAAGGAGGAACAGCAGCGACUUCGAGACAAACUUGCAAGUGAGAUAGCCAGUCAACGAGAGGCAGUCACCAAACUGUCCCAGAAGCUGGCAAAGGCGAAGGCACAUGGCAACACUAUGGAGAACGAGGUGCAUAGAGUAGAGGCACAGCUGAUCGAGAAGAACGCGCAGAUUGCCACCUUGCAGCGUGAGAUGGAUCUGAUAAAUGCACAUGUGAAAGAGCUGGAAGCUCUUCUGCAAACCGAAAAGGACCUGGUCAGCUGGGCUGGAGCGCGCCAAGAGGCCACACAGGAGCUCCUAGGCCAGGCCCAGAGUGAAGGCAUAUUGGUACGGCAAAAGCUGGAGGAAGCCCAAAAACAAUGUGUUACAAAGGAGCUCGCCGUGACAGACGCCCAAAAGUGUUUCACUGAAAUUUUGGCCAAGCUUCGCUCUGACUGUGAGGGGAGAGUACAACUCGUGCAAGACAGGAACCAGGAUCUAGCCACAAAGGCAGCGGAACUUCGAGAACAUAUCCACCAAUUACAGGAGGAGAAAAAUGAAAGAGAGGCUUGUCUGAGGCAGCUGCAGGCAGAAUUAGCUGACUCUUUGAAGAAGCUGUCAAAGUGUGAAGCUUCUUUGGAGGUCUACAUGCGAUAUCGUAGUGAAUCCGAGGAAGAGAAAACUCGGCUCCACAAAGAAGCGGACAGGUUUAAAAGAAAGAUGGAAGAAAAAGAAUCCCAUUGCAUACAAGCUGAGAAACAGGUGACAGAUCUAAGGAGUCGUCUGGACGAACGAGAGCAACAACUCAUCAUUGCUGCUCAGAAACAGAAGGAGGCGCUCUCUGUUGCAGCUGCCACCAAUAUCUCGGUCAAACAGCUGGAAGAGGCUGUGUACAGGCUAAAAGCUCUACUAAAGGGUGCUAAGAAGAAAUUGCAAGAUUACCGAGCAAGUGAAAUAGAGAGAGAAAAGGCGAAUGAGCUGCAGGCCGAGCUGAAUAGGCAAAUGUCCUUCCGCAGCCUUUUGGAGAAGAAUAAAAAGCAGUUGGAGGAGGAGGUACAGAGCCUGAGACGCAGAAUGGAGACCAACACGGUGGAGCAAAAGCAUGUGGAACAGUACCGCCGUGAGAUCGAGGAAAAGGCCCGACAGGAAAUACAGAAAAAAAUACACGAGGUCAACCUAUUCUUGCAGUCCCAGGCGGCCACGCAGGAGGCCCAGGACCAGAUUAAAGCCACCACCGAGGUCAGCCUGCGCUCCAAGAUCCAAGAACUGGAGGGCGAACUGAAACGAGCUCGAAGCAUCCAGCAUGACACCAUCGCCCAGAGAGACGCCUUGCACAAAGAGCUGAAGCGCUAUCGACAGAUGCACAGAGAAGAGCAGUGGCUCCGCAAGUCCCUCUCCAACGACCUCAAAAGGACUAACAGUCGGCUCACAGAAGCCAAUUCCAAAUUGCUCAGCGAGCGCUGCAAGUCUCUCGUCGCGUCGGGAACCCCGGGUACCACGGGCCCCUUGGCUUCUACCUCCGGCACAAUGGCAGCACCAUACAGGAUGCGGAACUCGAGAAUCCUCAACCCUGUGGCUGAAGGACAGGGCAGCAAUGUGGAGGAUUACCUGUCCAAGCGGUGACCACAGAAAGUUCUCACGGAAGUAACAGAUUGAAGGAAAUCGAAGAAGACGAACAAGGGUGAGGACAAUGAAUUCACUCCGACAAAGUCUUUUGGUGUUUGGCAUACAAAGUUGGGGCGCUGGAUUCCGUUUCCUGUGACCAACGUGCCAUUGCCCCCCUCAGCCAAAGCGAAUCUUAAUGUGUAUUUGGCCUGCAUGCCUCGUGGGUGGAGCUUGAGCCUGUUACCAGAGCGAAGCAACAGUGCUUCGGGGGUCCUGAAGAACAAGCACGAGGGAUGUCCCAGCGGUAACGACAAGCUGAGGUAGAUGUGACUACAGAACUACAGAAGCCAUCAGACCUGAGACACCUCAACUUGAUCUCACAGAACCUGCUGGCUGUUGGCUCUUUUUAUAUGAAUAAAUGCAUAUAAAGAGCAUGGCCCUAGCCCAUAAUUGCUCUUGUGAUUUUGGCGCUACAUUUUAAAAUACUGACUGCACCAACCUCCUCAUCUGUCACAUUCCACCAAGAUUACUAUUUCCCUUUAACAGAGAAAAAGUAACACACAAUGCACAUUGCACUUAAGGACUCACAUGAUCAGCCACAUUCUUAGACGCACAAUCUAAUGUGAUACAAUAAAAACAAAAAAAUCCUGCCUGUUUCUUUAAAUUGACUAUUAGAAACAGCUCAAUAUGAUGUAGGGCAAUCCUACUCCACUGCCAAGUCCAACCACAAUAAACUUUAUUACCUCCCUUGACAGUAACGGAGUAUGACGAGGCCAAAUUAAUGAUCUCAUUAGAUUGCAAAUUGAACCUAGGGUGGCUAAUUGGUGUGUAUCGACCACAUACUGUAUGUUGCAUCGUAAGAGCUAUUAUUUUUUAUAAGCAACAUACAGUACAGAUUUUUUAUAAUCCUGGUUUGGGAUUUUUAUGUUUGUUAUUGCUGUUUUUGAAUUUGAUGUAUGUAUCAUUUAUAAUUUGAUAUGUGCCAUCAUAAGGGGAAAUGUCUCUUUGUUUUAGUGUUAUAAAUUAUUUUUUUAGGGGACUGGGGAAUGCGACUUACUAUGAUAUUGCUGCAUUUCUAUUGCCAUUUAUGUGUUCAGCCCUAUGUAUUUGUGGUUAUAGUAUUAGAUUUCUGUAAAUAUUUUGUAGUCAUGUAAAUAGAGAGGACUCUUUUAAAUCCUGUACAUUAACGGAAGGUUGUAAAUAAAUGUGUGCACCACCCUUAUCUAGAGUAUCUUAAGUAGAGUAAUGAGAUUGUGAUUUGAUUACAAAAUUAAUGUAAUUGUGAUCCAUUUCAUUACUGGGAGAAAAUGUGUAAUUGAAUUACAGUUGCUUUUAGAAAUUUCUAUCAUUACAAUUUCCGUUACAUUUGAAAAAUGACCGUAAAAGCUCAUUCUUUUCACAUCACAUGCACCUAAAGCCGACGCUUGUGAUCGGUUCUCUGGUC